AUGGCGCAAGACGAUACCAACCGCACAAACGGCGUGCCCAAGGUGAACGGCACGAACGGAACGCACUCUAACGGCGCUGCUCCCAAGGCGUCGCCGUUUGGAUCGCUCAACGAUGGCCUCGACUACGAUGUGUUGAUCAUCGGUGCGGGCCUCAGCGGCAUCUACGCCAUGUACCGCAUGGCGCAGCUGGGCCUGCGGGCCAAGGUCCUGGAGGCCGGGGCGAGCGAGGGGGGCACGUGGUUCUGGAACCGGUACCCGGGCGCGCGGUUUGACUCGGAGAGCUACUCGUACAUCUUUUCCUUUUCGCCCGAGAUCCUGGCCGAGUGGGACUGGACGGAGCACUUUGCGCCGCAGCCGGAGACGCUGCGGUACAUUGAGUUUGUGACGCGCAAGCUGGACCUGCGCAGGCACAUGCAGUUCGACACGCGCAUCCGCCGCGCGCAGUUUGCGGAGCGCGCCCGCGCGUGGACGCUGACGGACGACCAGGGCCGCACCUACACGUCGCGGUACCUGAUCACGGCCAUUGGCAUCCUCAACGAGCCGACGCUGCCCGACAUUCCCGGCGUGCACGCGUACCAGGGGGAGGCAUGGCACACGGCGCGCUGGCCGCAGGGCGGCGAAGACCGGCUGGCGGGCAAGCGCGUGGGCGUCAUCGGCACGGGCGCGACGGCGAUCCAGACGAUCCAGACGAUUGCGCCCAGGGUCGGGUCGCUCACAGUCUUCCAGCGCACGCCCAACUGGACGGCGCCGCUGCGCAAUGCCACGAUUGACAAAGCGGAGAUGGCGGCCAUCCGCGCGAGGUACCCCGAGAUCUUCCGGAAGUGCGCCGAGUCGGCCUCGUGCUUCGUGCACGUCGGCGACGACCACGACACGGUGGCGACGCCCGCCGCGGAGCGCGAGCGCCACUGGGAGCACCUGUACGCGCAGCGCGGCUUCAGUAAGGUGGUGGCCGUCUCACGCGACAUUGGCACGAGCCGCGAGGCCAAUGCGCUGUACAGCGCCUUCCACGAAAAAAAGAUCCGGGCGCGCAUCCACGACCCCAAGGUGGCGGACCUGCUGAUCCCGACGGACCACGGGUUCGGCACGCGGCGCACGCCGCUCGAGAGCGGCUACUACGAGGUGUUCAACCAGGCCAACGUGACGCUGGUGGACGUGCGCCGCAGCCCGAUCGAGCGCAUCACGGCGACGGGCGUGCACACGUCGGAUGGUCGGGACUACGAUGUCGACGUGCUGGUGUAUGCCACGGGCUUCGACGCCGUGACGGGCUCGUUCAAUGCCAUUGCCUUUGAGGGCAUUGGCGGCACGAAGCUGCGCGACGCCUGGGGCGAGGGCAUCAAGACGUACCUGGGCCUGACGGUCAAGAACUUCCCCAACAUGUUUAUGAUUAUGGGACCGCACCAGACGAUUGGCAACGUCCCGCGCAGCAUCGAGUACGCGGUGCAGUGGACGGCCGAGUUCAUUGAGUGGGCGGCGGCCCACCAAGUCACGUACUGCGAGGCGACGGACGAGGGCGUGGCGGCGUGGACGGAGCACGUGCACGAGUGCGGCAAGGGCCUGCUGGCAAACGAGGUGGACUCGUGGAUGACGGGGGUCAACAAGAACCUGGCGCACAAGCAGAAGCGAUCGUUGACGCGGUACACCGGCCCGGCACCGGGUUACCGCAAGCGGUGCGAGGAGGUCAAGGCGCAGGGAUACUCAACCUUUGUCCUCAGGAAAGGCGGCGAGGCAUGA